GGGAAACCGCUGUAGCCAUGUGUGGAGUUGACGCUCACGUUGUUUACUAGCGGUACGGGCUUCUCAUAUGUGGCCUGUUUGCCCACUCUCGCAGUUUUUUUUCCCCCCCUCUUGUAAAAACGUAUGUUAGACAUUAGUUUUACGUAAUAGGUCGGCAAAUUGGCAAAUAACUCGGAGCGCUAAUAGCUCCUGCAAAACGGACGUUAGCCGGUUAGCCUAGCCGCGAGGAGGAGCGGCAGCAUGGGCGCUGUGGUGGAGCUCGUCGCUGGGAGCUACGAGCAGAUUAUGUUUGGUUACCGCGUGCACGCCGACGGAAACGAGUGGACAACCAAAGCAGACUUCACACAUCAUGCCCACACUGCAUCCAUAUCAGCUGUGGCCGCCAGUGAGAGGUUUGUAGUGACGGGGAGCAAAGAUGAGACCAUACAGCUCUAUGACAUGAAGAAGAGGACUGAACACGGAGCCUUGCUUCAUCAUGAUGGAACCAUCACUUGCCUUGAGUUUUACGGCACCUCUCAUUUGCUUAGUGGGGGAGAGGACGGCCUCAUAUGUGUGUGGAGCAGGAAGAAAUGGGAGUGCCUGAAGUCCAUCAAAGCUCACAAAGGCCAUGUCACGUCGUUGUCCGUCCAUCCCUCUGGGAAACUCGCCCUUUCAGUUGGGACAGAUAAGACGCUAAGAACGUGGAAUCUAAUUGAGGGUAGAUCAGCCUUCAUCAAAAACAUAAAGCAGAAUGCACAUAUUGUCAGAUGGUCCCUAGAUGGCGAUAACUAUGUGGUGGUAAUCAAUGACAAAGUGGAGGUCUAUGACUUGGAGACGGCCACAGUGAGGGGAACAGUCACAAAUCCCAAGAGGAUCUCUUCCAUUAAGUUCCUGACAAACACCAUCCUGGCCAUUGCAGGAGACGAUGAAAUGGUGAGGUUGUGUGACGUGGGCACAGGGAAAUGGCUCUGUGAGUUCAAGGCACAUGAAACCAGGGUGAAAACGGUCGACAGUUUCAGUAUGGAGGACUACUGCGUUCUGAUCACUGCCUCAAAUGACGGUUUCAUCAAGAUGUGGAAACUCCACCUGAAAGAGGAGAUGGAGCCUCCUACGCUUCUUGGGGAAGUGAAUACGACUGCCAGACUGACCUGUGUAGCUGUAUGGAAACCUUCUACAAUACAGGAGACCGCCGAGGAGCCAGACACACAGGCUGCAACGUCUUUAGCCGCAGACGUUCUCGCGGAGCUCUCCGAGGCCAAGAGAGUCAGGAUGGCUGCCGAGGAGGUUAUCCUCGAGGACGAGAGCAAACCGAAAAGGAAGAGAAGGGACGGCGGAGAAAAGAAUGCAAAAAAACAAUAAAAGAAUUCCUAUUUUAAAA